AUGAAGAGAGUAAAGGAAUCAUAUUUCAGAGAACACCCUCACUGGUCUGAUAUCAACGGCUGUUCAGGCGCAAAGGAAUUUGAAGGAGAAGAUUUAGCUUAUGAUGCAAGAAUUAAGUAUCAAAAAGAAACCCAAAAAUAAUGGAUCGAGCAAUAAAUAAGAGAAAAGAAAAUGCGUGAAGAAGCUGAAAGAAACGAAGAAAGAGCUUACGCCACUUAAACUUUGGAGCUUAACAGAAUGAGAGGUAUGUUAGAAGAUGAUUUCAACAGAAAGAAAGCCUCCAUCAGAUAAGCCGUUAAAGAAGAGAAUUAAUAAUUAGACAAGCAAAAGAGAGACUUAGAAAAGUAAUCAAAUAAUGAAAAAUUAAAUUAUGAAAGAACUGAAAUUGAUAUGGUUAAAACCAGAGGAUAGAAGCGUCCUUUCCCAUGA